GACUUUGGAAAGUUUCCACGCAUGAGACAGUUUGUACAGGAGUAUAUACAGGCACUGAACUGCCAGAAUGCUGGAUUGGAGGUGGUGAAAGAUUUUAUACGCAGCAUGCAUGGACCAGCCAGCAUGUGUCCUCACCCGAGGGUGUUGCCCAAUCUGGUGGCUGUGUGUCUGGCCGCAGUGUACAGCCUCUAUGAGGACAAGAAACUAGAUAAACAGGACAAUAUUUGUUCAAAUGUGGUUGACCAAUCUGAAUGGGAACGAAAAGUCAUCUGUUAUGUUGGCAUGAUGGAAACCAUGUCCUUAUUUGAGGAUUGGAGGUACAUUCUGGGAAGCCUUCUUCAGCCAAUUCCAUUUCCAAAUGACGCUCUGGCUGACGAUUUGUUCACAUCGAACAUGAAAAACGUAAUACGGAACAUAGCUGUGGACAAAGUGUGUGACGUGCACCAGACAAUCCUGGGUAUCCGGGAAGGAAAGGAGGGCUGGUUUCAUCUCUACUGUCCAGGAAACAUAGGCUGUGAUGACGAUGGGGAACUCUGGGGCCAAAUGCUUCAAACGUUGAUGCACUGUUGCUGCAAGCGGAAAAGUUUCCUGUUUGGUCUGAACAAGAUGAUUGGGCCAGUGAUGUUAUUGUCCCUACGAGAGAAUACAGCAGCCAUGGAGGUGCUGUGUGCAAUGCUUGAGUGUGAUGUGGUGGAGAACAAUGACCUGAAGAUGCAGAUGGUCACCACGCUGCAGAGUACCACAUCGGGCAAGCGCAUGUACGCCGAGCUUUGUGAGAGGCAGAUUGCACUCAGGGAACUACAACAGAAGGGAGGGCCAAAAAAGUUGACACUACCUUCGAAAUCGACUGAUGCAGACCUAGCCAAAAUGCUCAGUUCCGGAUCGUUUGGGAAUUUGGAAUGCCUGAGUCUGGCAUUCACUCAAGUUACAAGUGCCUGUGCAGACGAUUUAAUUAAGUUGCCAUCAUUACGGUACCUGAAUCUCUGGUCAACUCAGUUUGGAGAUAUUGGCCUACAGAAGAUAUCGGAGCACCUUCACAAACUGCAGGUGUUGAACCUCUGUGAGACACCUGUGACCGAUAAAGGACUGAGCUCUAUUGCAGCUUUGAAGAACCUUAGAAAACUCAACUUGAACAGCACAAAUUUGUCUGCCUUGGUGUUUGAAGGCUUGAAGGAAAAGCUGCCUGCCCUGCAUGAAUGUGACGUAAGAUACACGGACGCCUGGUGACUAGAAACAGCUGGGUUCAUUUGAGCCUGGCAAACUUGAAAUGUGAAAUAGCUCUACUCCCCACCCACAUUGCUAAUAUAAACAUGCGGCCUUGUUUUCUUGGAAGGCCUGACGUGUGUGGUUCUGUGUUAGAAAAAUAUGCUAGCAUUGGAGCCUUUCUUUUUGUGUAGUGAAACUUUUUGAUAAAAAACGUAUUUAAAAAAUUAUACCUGGUGUGAAUAGAACACACCUUUCAAUGAUAAAUAGAAGACAGCCAUUGUUGCGAUAUCAGUGUUUCGUUUUUCAUUAUGAUGCAAAAUUUAAUUGUUUUGUAAUGAAAGCUACAUUCAACACAUUAUAAACCAUUAUAUUGUGUUUAACGACCAUAAAGGAAGUUCCUGCCGUCUAUAUUCAGAAGCUUUUCCCGCCCAAAAUGUUUGAAGCAUCUAAGCUGACUGGUUCAUAAUUUCCCUCACCGGAGAAUUGUUUUCUGGCUGGACUGAUUCGGAACCAGUCAAAUUGUACCUUUAUAUUACAGCCUGAAUCCACUUCAAACAGCACAAUCUGUAGUGUAGGAUGGACCAUUGAGAUAUUAUGUUUUAUGGUGAAUUUUUUUCUAUCAUGUGUAUUGCCCAGUGAAAUGUAAAAAAAUAUGCUAUAUGUUAAUGUUGAUCAUCAAGUGCAACUGUAAAUGUGGCUUGCUCAUGAUAAUGGUACAUGUAUGUACAUUGUAAGUGAUAUUGUUUGUAAUAAACAUAAUAAAAGCGCAUGUGAAAGAAACUUUAAGAGCAAUUUAUAUUGUUUUCUCAAGAAUAUUGAACAAGUUAAUUACAUACUUGAAUAAAAUCUGGCUUGAUAGUUUAUUUCACUGUUUAUUUUACCUGUCACAAUUUUGAAAUAAGGAAUGUAUGUAUAAUUUAAACCAAGAAAUUCAAGUAACUAGUCAUUACACAAGUGUCUGUUCUUGAUUGCUUACUUUAGUAUUCCGUUUCAGGAAAUGUAAGACUUAUGACAUUCUUAGUAAGUUUGUUUGUGUAAGCACAUCAAUUAAAGAUGUAUUCUACAAAUUAAUCACAUUUUAAGUUAUAUGCAUAUGGGUUAUUAUCAAUUAUCACCAUAGUAAUUCAAGAACUUGUAUACAUGUAUUAUUAUAUGAAUUUGUCAUUAACUAAGUGUUCACCGUUUCACACGAGAAUACUUUUUCUUACAGGUUUUUGUUAAAUAUGUUGUUAAUUAUUGUUUGAAUGUCAUUAUUUAAUGGAUAUUUUUUUGAAAGUCAUGUUUAUUUCUAUUGAGCUGUGAUUUAAAUUUCGCUUGUUUUGAUUGUUUAUAGUCUAGUGCCAUUUCUUGUAAAAUAAAUACAAAUAUUAAGUGUUGUCUUAACUUUUGUAUUUGUUAUUUUUUCGCUAUUCUGUGAAGAUUGAAAGUGUGUGGGAAACUUUUUAAGUGCCACAAUCGUUGAAUGUUAACCCAUUUAUGCCUAGCGUCUAGAAAAAAGGCCUUGGCAAUUAGCGUAGACCCAGAUGAGACGCCACAUGAUGCGGCGUCUCAUCAGGGUCUGCGCUGUUUGCUUAAGGAAUUUCUGUAAGAAAUAUUCUAAAUAUAGAAAUAAAUAUACUAGACAUCCCUAAUUUUGGAAAUAAAUUGAUCCAAUUUUGAAGGAUGGGGGAGUCCACUAGGCAUAAAUGGGUUCAGAAGCAUUUAUACAUGUACAUAUGUUGUCUAUGUUGUUUGGUUUUCGUUUUUAAAGUGUUUGCCCAUACUUUUAGCUUUAGGUUUAACAUUUGUUUUAAAGGCACUUAGUCUAUAUAGGUUGUAUGUUGAUAAAAUGGACUAUUUAAGAUAUUAUUAUUUAAUGUUGUUGAUUAGCCACCAUUAAUCAAUAAGGCGUUGUUCUCAUCCACGGGAAUUAAAACAUACAGGCAAUAGACAAAAUGUGUUAACAGUAAGGCAUCCAAUUGUAAAAUCUUUCUAUAAGGUAUUUUAAAAUAUUUUGCGUUCCUUAUCUUUAGAAAAUUCAAGAUUAAUGUAAGAAUAAGGGAAUUAAAAAAUAGUUAAUAACUAAUUAUGGUCUUACCUUUAUUGUUGAUAACUUUCGUUUUAGAAAAGCAUGUAAUAUUGCAGAAAUUAUUUUAAUUGACAGGAUUUAGUUUUUAAAUGGUCUUUUUAUUUCUUUUUACUGCAUUUGUUUGAUUUAUUUUACUUAAGCAUUAAUAGCUAAGUCAAGGUUCAUGUAAUAUUUUAUCGUUUGUUUUCCCAGUAUUCUAUUUUUGUUGUUAUUGUUUAUAUCACCUUUUGGGUUCCUUUGAUAAAGUUUUUACCUCACUCAUGUAACUAAGUUAGGUUUUUCUUGACAUUUACAUUUGUUAUGGGAUGUGUUCUUUACUUAAUAAAUUAGUAAUACAAUUGUACUUCUUUCAAUUAAAGAUAACUCGGUCGUCUGAGGCAGUAAACAUACCAGAUAAAAUAUAGGAAUUUGAUAUAAACUUGCCUUUUAAGAAAUUCUGAAAACAUUUGUUUAACUCACUUAAAAUGAUAUAAGAUCAUUGUACAUGUUUUAGAUUGCAACUUUAAAUGUUCUGAAAAUAUUUUUUUUAUUAUUAAUAAGUGGUUGACUUAAAAAGAAUGAUACAAAUUUUUACAUAAGACCUCAUAUGUUUAAGAUUUAUAUGUUGGCAGUGUUUCGGGGGUCAAAUUUGGGACUGAAAUUUGGUCCAAUUUCUUAUUUCUUAUAAGAUGUUAACGGACGACUUAUGACCCAGUGAUCAGGGAAAAACUGUAAUAAAAAAAAAAAAAAAAAAAAAAAAGUAUAUAUUUUUCCAAAUUUAUUUUCUAAGAUUCCCGAUUGACGGUUUCAAAUUCCUCCCAAAUUGAAGGUUUCCCAAUUUUGUGUGCUCAUUUUUUGUGAUCGCCUUUUGUCCGUCGUCAGUAUUUUGCCUUAUGAACACUCUAGAGGCCACAUUUAUUAUCCGAUUCUUCAUGAAACUUGGUCAGAACAUUUGUUCGAUUAAUACCUCGAGUUCAAAACUGGGUCAUGCUGGGUCAAAAACUAGGUCACUAGGUAAAAAAAAAACAAAAAAACUUGUGAACACUGUAGAAGUCACAUUUGAUGCCCAAUCUUCAUGUAACUUUGUCAAAAUGUUUGUCUAAAUGAUAUGUUGUUUGAGUUUUAAAAUUGUUCCGGUCCGUUGAAAACAUGAUCGCCAGGGGGCGGGGCAGUAUUCCUUAAAAGGCUUUAGAGAAUCCUUGUGAACACUCAAAAAGUCACAAUUUUUGCCCAAUCAUCAUGAAACUUGGUCAAAAUAUUGGUUUCAUUGAUAUUUCGGACAAGUUUGAAAAUGGUCCAGAUCGGUGAAAAAACAUGGCCACAAGGGGUGGGGCAGUUUUCUCUAUAUGUAUAUAGUGAAAACAUGUGAACAGUCUAAUGUUAAAGAAAGAUAACCUGUACAUACUUUCUAAUAUCGGUAGUUAACUCCCUUGUUAAAACUUUGUUAACACUCUAGAGGCCACAUUUAUUGUCCAAUCUUCAUGAAAUUUGGUCAGAAGAUUGGUCUCAAUGAUAUCUUGGAUGAUUUUUAAAAUGGUUACGUUUGCUUGAAAAACAUGGCUUCCAAGGGGCGGGGCAUUUUUCCUCAUAUGGCUAUAUAUGGCUAUAGUAAAACCUUAUUAACACUCUAGAGGCCACAAUUAUUGUCCAAUCUUCAUGAAAUUUGGUCAGAAGAUUGGUCUUAAUGAUAUCUUGGAUGAGUUCGAAAAUGGUUACGUUUGCUUAAAAAACAUGGCUGCCAAGGGGCGUGGCAUUUUUCUUUAUAUGGCUAUAUAUGGCUAUAGGUAAAUCCUGUUAACACUCUAGAGGUCACAUUUAUUGUCCGAUCUUUAUAAAACUUGGUCAGAAGAUUCAUCCCAAUAAUAUCUUGGACGAGUUCAAAAAUGAUGCCGGUUGCUUGAAAAACAUGGCCGAUAGGGGGCGGGGCAUUUUCCUUAUAUGGCUAGAGCAAAACCAUAUUAACACUCUAGAGGCCACAUUUAUUGUCCGAUCAUCAUGAAACUUUGUCCGACGAUUUGUCUCAAUGAUAUUUUGGAUGAGUUCGAAAAUGGUUCUUGUUGGUGGAAAAACAUGGCCGCCGAGGGAGCGUGGCAUUUUUCCUUAUACAGCUAUAGUAAAACCCUGUUAACACUCUAGAAGCCACAUUUAUUGUACGCUCAUCAUGAAACUUUGUCAUAAGAUUUGUCCCAAUGAUAUCUUGGACAAGUUCGAAAAUGGUUCCAGUUGCUUGAAAAACAUGGCCACCAGUGGGCGGGGUAUUUUUCCUUAUAUUGGCUUAUGAAUCUUCAUGAAACUUUUCAGUAUAUUUGUUUAAAUGAAAUCUUGGAUGUGUAUGAAAAUGGUUCUGUUCUGUUGAAAAACGUGGCUGCCAGGGUGUUCACUAGUCAUGAAAGUUGGUAAGAACAUUUUGUUCUAAUGACAUCUUGGGCUGCACAGAACAGGUCAGUUCCUUUGAAUCUCAGGUGAGCAACUUUGGGCCUUUCAGGCCCUCUUGUUUGUACAACAUAAAUGUCAUCUCCCUAAUCCACCUCUAUGAGUUGAACCUUACAGACAUAGAUCUUGUUCAAAACACUUAUUUACUCGAGUUUAUAGUUUUUAUAUGCAUUAAAACAACAAAAUAUAAUCAGAACUACAUGAUUUUCACAAUCCAAUUGCAGCUAUAUUAAAAAUUUCUCCCAAAUUUCUAGUAAGUUAAUUAGGUAGGAGUUCUGGGACACUCCAGGCUCAAACAUAAUGCAGCCUCAGGCACGGGCAGACCUAAACUCUGAAAUACACCCACACACCUAUGAAUACCAGUGUUCACAGUGUACUAAUUACUCAUUUUCUUUCCUGGUCUUUAAUCAAAAUUGUGAAGUGUCGUCAGUUUGUUGUUGUGUAGUAGUCAUUGUGUUUAUUCUGAUUAUUAAUAAAAAGUUAAUCUUUUGAUAUUCAGGUAUGUUUGAAUUCAUUUUUAUAUGAUCAACAGCUUUCUUCUCGUAAUAUUUUCUUAUGGAAUACAAAAUGUGACUGUAUAAAUAAUUAUUGUGUUUAUCAACAGCUUUCAUAGUAUUCUUGUAUGGAAUACAACAUUAAACUGUAUACAUAAAUCAUUGUAUUGUUGACAAGUGAGAAUCACUUGUUAGACUCCACACAAAUGUUUCAUCGUACAAAACGCCAUUUCUCCUUAUAAUUUGAAGCCUUGCGUGGUCAUUUUUGUAUUCAAUUCUCACAUAAUGGUGUAUUUGUUCCUGUUACUAUGCAACAAGUGUCCGUUGCAUACCAAGCAUCAGGUUGGCAAUCUAGAAACUCUUCAACCCUUUAGAUAUGUAUUUUGAGGCAGUUGUAGUCCCAUAUAGAGUUGAAUUUAAUUAAGUACCUUUCUUACUCAAUUCAAGUUUUAAAGGCUUUAUUUCCAACCCUUACAUACUGAUGAGCAUCAAACAGCAUAAAACCUGAACAGACUGCGAGUAACUCGCAGGCUGUUCUGGUUUAAUGUUGUUUGCACAUAACCAUUUUCACUUUGGUUCUGAGUUGGAAAGGGUAAAAUUAAUCAAUAGAUAGAUCAUUUGUCUUAAUUUAAUUGCAUUCACAGCUGAACCAUCAUAUGGCAGAUUUUCUGAAGUCAAAUGUUCAAGUACUAUGUCGCAGAAAAAUAAUUCCCAAUUUUUUCUCCCUUGAAACAAACUCAGUUUACUUUGUUGUUUACCAAAAUUAUAACUUAUUAUGCCGCCCCUUCGAAGAAGAGGGGGUAUAUUGCUUUGCUCAUGUCCGUCUGUCAGUCGGUCAGUCUGUCCGUCCACCAGGUGGUUGUCAUACGAUAACUCAAGAACGCUUGGGCCUAGGAUCAUGAAACUUCAUAGGUACAUUGAUCAUGACUCGCAGAUGACCCCUAUUGAUUUUGAGGUCACUAGGUCAAAGUUCAAGGUCACGGUGACUCGAAAUAGUAAAGUGGUUUUUUGAAUGAUAAUUCAAGAAUGCAUACGCGGCCAACAGGGCACACUCUGAACAAUAUUACUGAAGCAACUGGUCUGUAAUCCUAAAUCUAUAAUUAUCAGUCCAAUGAAACAUCAUCCUUUUAGUAAAAUACAGUGGAUCAGUAAAAGUAUUAUCAGAAUAUGAGAUUUUUUGUAUAUUUAGUAUAUUAAAUAUUGUGUUAAUGUUUAAUUUUGUUGAUUAAUAUAAAUAUAAGCAGGACAGGGGAGGUAAUACACUACAGGGGAAACAAAUGCAAUAAGUUUAAAUUUAUUGUUACAGAUUUGCCUCCUUUGUAAUAUAUUUAAAUUUUACCAAAUGUAAGGCUAACUGCAUUUUUGUAAUGAAUACUACUACUACUACUACUACUACUACUACUACUACUACUACUACUACUACUACUACUACUACAACUACUACUACUACUACUACUACUACUGCUACUACUGCUGCUGCUGCCACUACUACUACUACUACUUCUACUACUACUACUACUACUACUACUACUACUACUACUACUACUACUACUACUACUUCUACUACUACUACAACUCUACUACUACUACUACUACUACUGCUACUACUGCUGCUGCUGCUGCUGCUGCUGCCACUACUACUACUACUACUACUACUACUACUACUUCUACUACUUCUACUACUGCUCUACUACUGCUCUACUACUACUACUACUACUACUACUACUACUACUACUACUACUACUACUACUACUACUACUACUACUACUACUAUUUCUUCUGCUACCACCACCACCACCUACUACUACUACUACUCUAUUACUACUACUACUACUACUGCUACUACUACUACUACUACUACUACUACUACUACUACUACUACUACUACUACUCUACUACUACUACUACUACUACUACUACUACUACUACUACUACUACUACUAUUUCUUCUGCUACCACCACCACCACCACCACCAUUCACAGUGACAAAAAACGUAUUCACACAAUGGCUGCUACUACAACUUAUAGCCCAUAUAGGGGGGCAUGCAUGUUUUACAAACAGCCCUUGUUGUUUGUACCUCAAAGGUAUUUGAUCACGCUUUCAAUACAGUAGAAAAUCCUUGUAGUUAGGGCUGGUAUUCCCCAAACAAUUCCAAGACUUAAGCUUAGAAUGAAUAUUCUUAUUAUUAAUUGGAAUAUUCAAGAAUUGCUUAAAUUUUAUGUCAAACUUGGCAUAAACUGCACCAUUGAUCAUUUUUGGUUUGGAGCAUUCUGGCACAUACAUAAUUACCUUUGUUAAUUGGCAUAAAUUGAAAGGCAAGUGGUUUUUUUCUUUGGUUCUAAGUCUUCUCUUUAUUUUUAAGUUAAAGCAUGGCUUGGUGAAUACCGGUCUGGGUUCAAAUAUUAAGGGUAAUCAGUUGAUUCCAAUUCAAAUGUAGGGUCCAUAUAAAGGGUAAAUAAUUGUUCAUGGUUACCUGCCUUCAAAGGGUAACACAUAUUUCAUCAUGUAUAAAACGAGAAGAUUUCAUCAAAUAUCUUAAAUGAUGCAGUUAUUUUUACGUAAAUACUUUAUAUAAUAACAUCUGUAUGCUUUUUUCAUAGGAUUACACAGAAAAACAACAACAAAUAAAAUGUUUUAGUUUGCAAGAAAGAAUUCGCGUAUUUGUAUGGAGAUAAAAUUUCCCAAUAAUUUACCCCUAUGCUGUGAUUAGUUUGCUCAUCAUUGUUACUGAAUAUUAAUUUGGUACAUUUGGACACUUGUUGAUUAUUGCCAUAACAUGUACAUUAUUGUCAUAACAUGUACAUAUGUGUCUUGUUCUGAGAAAACUGGGAUUAAUUCAUGUGCGUAGUGUCGUCCCAGAUUAGCCUGUGCAGUUGGCACAGGCUAAUCAGGGACGACACUUUCCGCUUAAAAUUGAUAUUCGGUAAGAAGGGACUUCCUUCAAACUAAAAAUACCAUAAAAGCGGAAAGUGUCGUCCCUGAUUAGCCUGUGCAGACUGCACAGGCUAAUCUGGGACGACACAUUAUGCACAUGAAUUAAGCCCAGUUUUCACAGAACAAGACACAUAUUCAUAAAUACAUGUUUUUUAUCUGUCCAUAAUAAGCAUAUUUUAAAUGUAUUUCCUUCUGCCAAAUAUAUUGAUCAUUUGGCAAUAACUGAUUGUGUCCCUUUGAAAUUAAAACAAAGAGUUCCCUUUUGAAAAAUUCUAGUCAAAUUAUUUUCUUGGAAUUUUAACUAUGAAGUUUACAUUUAUUUGUGGUUGUUUUAAUAUGCCUGUUGUUCUAUGUUAUAAACAUGAAUGUUUGAUAAUUUAACUUAUGGCUUUAAAAGGAUGGUUUCCUAGUUUUUGGCAGUGUUAAAAAAAUCUUAAACCAUUUAUGCCUAGCGUCUAGAAAAAAGGCCUUGGCAAACAGUGUAGACCCAGAUGAGACACCGCAUGAUGCAGCGUCUCAUCAGGGUCAACGCUGUUUGCUUGAAGGAAUUUCUAUAAGAUAUAUUCUAAAUAUAGAAAUAAAUAUACUAGACAUCCCUAAUUUUGGAAAUAAAUUGAUCCAAUUUAGACGGAUCGGAAUGUCCACGAGGCUGAAAUGGGUUAAACGAGGGUUCUGUUGUAUAGCAUUUUUUAUUCACAUGUAAAUGUAUGGAGAGCUAUACCAUACUUUUGAUUAAUAUCAGAUAACUAUAUAAACGAAAACAUCAACAAGGUUGGUGUUACGUUGUAUUAUUUUUUUAACAUAAACACUUAAGUCACAAAACGUAAAUAAAAUAUGAAUUUUUUCCAAAUGAAAUCAUAAAAAACAACAACAACUAGUUAUGAUCAUUUAUUGUCUUUAAAUUACUAUUCAGACCGAAACUGAGAAACCAUCCCUUUGAAUGUUCAAUCUGUUCAAAUUAAUGAUUUCUGUUGUGUUUUUCAAGUUUCAGACAUCAUAAAUGUAUACUUGUUAGUGUACAUUCUUUCCUGAACAUAUACAAAUGUUAUUAACAUUUAAACAAUUCAUGAUUGAUAAACUUAUAUAAAUAAGUGAUUAUCCUUGUUGCUGCAUUUAAUUGAUUUACAUAUUUACGUAUUAUAAUGUAUAUACCCGUGUAAUCAAUAUUAAUUUUAAAUUUGAUUGAAAGUUGCACUUAUAUUCUGACAGUGUUUUAAUAUAGAUUCAUAUUACUAGUAUUACUUUUGAAUUUUUAACCAGGUUUUCCGAAGGAAAAAACUGGUUAUUAGAUUGGCGAAUGCGGGCGGGCGGGCUGGCUGGCGGGCGGAACAAGCUUGUCCGGGCCAUAACUUUGUCGUUCAUUGUGAGAUUUUAAAAUCAUUUGGCACAUUUGUUAACCAUCAUUAGACGGGUGUGUCGCGCGAAAAAAUUACGUCAAUAUCUCCAAGGUGAAGGUCACACUUUGAGUUCAAAGGUAAAAAAUAGCCAUAAAUCAGCUUGUCUGGGCUAUAACUAUGUCAUUCAUUAUGAGAUUUUAAAAUCAUUUGGCACAUUUGUUCACCAUCAUUGGAUGGUGUGUCGCACGAAAGAAUCACGUCAAUAUCUCCAAUGUCAAGGUCGCCACGACUAAAAAUAGAUUUAUUUUAAAACAAACUUACAAAGGGGGUUAAUUUUGUUUGUUCAUUUCAAAAGUUCAGUUUGAGUUGUCUCCCUUUAUCAGAUUUUUUUUCACAAUGAAAACCUGGUUUUGUGACAAUUUUGUCCCUUGUUUAAAUAUUUAUCUAGAAAUUGUUGAAGCAAAAAAUUAAGAUAUUUGUAAACUGCUGGCAGUUUUGGAAAGCAUAGAUUGUACAUGCAAAGCUUGUAGAUUUCUUUAUUUAAACUUACAGACUUUUCUGUUUUUUGGAGAAGAGUGAAUAAUUAAAGUGACUUGUUCAUAAAUAGUCUGAAAAUGAUAAUUGAAAAUUCGAAUGAAGAAUCUAAAGAUCAUUUAUGAGUAUGUCCCUUUAAAACAAAUCUACUCUGUUACUGUUUCGUUUUUUUUGUGGAGUUAGACUUUAGAGACAAGAUUUGUAAAGCAAAUAAUUUACUAGGUACUUACACUGUAAUUUCACAAAAAGUUCUUUUAAUUUGUGUGGCUUACAUUGUGUUGAUAUUUUGAUACAUUUGUUGAUGUUGUUAUGAAACAGUAUUGACUUGAAUAUGGAGAUCUUUAAUCCCGCCUUCUGCUUACUUGAAAUAUGAUUGGCAAAAGUGGUUAUAUAUUCUGUUAAAUAGUAUGUCCAUUGACAAAUUGUUAACUACACUCUUUCAUACAUGUUACUGAUAUGAUACAUGCUCUUAUAUACCCUAGUUGGUUUCAGCUUUUAUUGUUCCACAUUUUCCAUUUCGUGUAAACAUGUAUGAAUCAUUAAAUCUAGACUCUCUGA